AGAAACUGUGGCUCUGACCUGAGAUCAUGGCUAUGGCCAACUGUCUCAAGAUCCUGCUGCUCUGGGCUGGGAUCCUCGUUAUGGCGGAGGUCACCACAGCUCAAUAUCAGCAAUCCACUACUGCUCUUCCUACAAUCACCUCACCCUCAUCCAAACCCAUCACCACACCCACACCGACAAACACCUCUCAAACCCAGACUCAACUUCCAGUCACCACGCCCAACACAUCAGUGACUCCUUUCGCCACAGCCGAAGCUCCAGCCCCUCCACCUCUGGAGUGUUCUUACACGGUCACACCCAGCAACUCUGGCUUCAACAUUACCAUGAAUAAGAACUUUACGACUGGCAACUACAUCAUCUACAUCAAAGAAACGGGCCGACCAGAUAGUGGACAUAACUAUUCAGUUCAGUUCUCCAAUGAAAGCUCAACACAUGAAAUCAAACACCUGAAGCCCUGCACUGAGUAUGAGCAUGAUGUGGCAUUUAUUGAUGCUGCUGGCAAAAAAACACCCUGCACCACGCAAACGAAUACAACUAAGACAAACGAAUGGAAAGAAGGUGAUAUUAAAAAUGGCAGCUGCAUGCUUGGAUAUGUUUGUUACCGUAGUGACUGGGACAUCAGCUCUUCACUAUCAACGUCAAAUAAUAUUUCAGCUGAGCCGUGCAAAAGUGACAAAAAUGUGAUCUGUUUCAAACCUCCUUACAAUGACAUUUGCACCAAUUUGACUACGAAGUUCACUUCAGGAAACUGUAACGCCUUGAGCCUCACCAGAAGCAUCACUACUGAUUUCUUAAAUACAAGUGAAAUAAAUCAAACAAGUCCAACUAAACUUCCUGCAGAAAUAAAAACAGAUUUGCCUCCAAACUGCAAGAAUCUCAACAUCACUUACAGCUGUCAGGAAGUUGGAAAACCCGAUGAGCUGAAGAAUCUUACUGACCUGGAGCCCUACACAGACUACAGCUGUACCGGUCAGAUCACGGACAACAAUGUCAACAUAAAAAACACAACUGCUAUCGAGUUCAGGAUUGACUGUGAUCUUAAAAUGAGCAUCCCAGUGACAAGUGUCACCAACACCUCCAUUGCUCUGAGUUGGACCACAGACAGUGAGAACUGUGGAGUUGUCCUUCCUAAACCUCAGUUUCAUUAUGAGUGCAGCUGUAAACCUACUCAAUCAUAUGAGAAAACUGUAGCUGACAAAAAUCCAUCUGGAGGAACAUGUAAAAUUGAUCGGCUGAAACCAUACACCGAGUAUAACUGUGCAGUACAUCCCAAAUACAACAACUACGUUCCUGAACCAACUAAUGUAAAACCGACUAGGACAAAUAUUGGAGGUAAGUGUCUAAAAUGUCACUUGGAUAAUAUUUAGAUCAAAGGUAAUAUA